GCGAGGACACAUAGAUUUGCUGUUGUUUCCCUGACUCUGGCUGUUUUAAAGAAAGAUUUGUCUCCUCUCUACCUACCGACACUGGAACAGGACAAAGAAAAGGAAUCUUUUUGCAGCCUCCUGCAGGUGAACUCAAUGGACGUGAACACAUGCAAAUCUAGGAAGGACUGAUUAAAGAUAUUGUAUGUAAAACGAUGCGAGCCAGGGUAAUUUAGCAAUUUAUUUGACAAUUUCAUGAUGAGUUGGUUUCAGAAACUGCCUUCCUCAUUUCAGAAGCAAUUUCAAGACUAUACAACCAAUGAAUGUACCUCAGUCUUGAGCUGGAUUUCCGAUGCUAAAAUGCCAACGUGAACAGCGUUUACUUCUUUUGGAGACAAGGGAUUGAGUCUGCCACAAGCAUGAACUCCUCAUCUUAUAAUCAUUGGAUACGGGAGACCCCUAACCUCAGAAACCAGAGUUUCCCAGGAUUCACCAGCACCAAUGCCUCACCCAGUAAUGGUGCCUCCUCAGGCUGCUAUGAGCAACUGUGGAUCUCAACGGAGGUCUUCCUCACACUGGGCAUCAUCAGCCUCUUGGCCAACAUUCUGGUCAUCGCCGCCAUCAUCAAGAACAAGAACCUGCACUCGCCAAUGUACUUUUUCAUUUGCAGUUUGGCAGUGGCCGACAUGUUGGUCAGCGUGUCCAACGCCUGGGAGACAAUCUUCAUCGCCAUGUUGAAGAGUAGGCAUUUUGUUGCUCGGGACAGCUUGAUAAAGAGUAUGGACAAUGUGCUGGACUCCAUGAUCUGCACCUCUCUGCUCGCCUCCAUUUGGAGCUUGCUGGCCAUUGCCAUCGACAGGUACAUUACCAUCUUCUACGCGCUGCGCUACCACAACAUCAUGACGGUGAGAAGGGCACUGGCGGUCAUUGCUGGAAUCUGGAUGGCUUGUACAGUCUCGGGGAUUCUGUUCAUCGUCUACUCCGAGAGCACCACAGUUGUCAUCUGUCUCAUCACAAUGUUCUUCACCAUGCUCGCCCUCAUGGUCUCACUCUACGUUCACAUGUUCAUGCUGGCACGCUUGCACGUCAAGCGGAUUGCCGCUCUGCCUGGCAACGGUGCCAUCCACCACAUGGCAAACAUGAAAGGGGCCAUCACCCUCACCAUCCUCCUCGGUGUCUUUGUCGUCUGUUGGGCUCCCUUCUUCCUGCACCUCAUCCUCAUAGUCUCCUGCCCCCGAAACCCGUACUGCCUCUGCUUCAUGUCGCACUUCAACAUGUACUUAAUCCUUAUCAUGUGCAACUCAGUCAUCGAUCCUCUCAUCUACGCUUUCCGCAGUCAGGAAAUGCGGAAGACUUUCCAAGAAAUAAUUUGCUGCUACAGCCUGCAUGGAAUUUGUGACCUGACAAAUAAGUAUUGAUAUAACUAGAGGGAAAGCAGUCAGACCAUCACAAGAUGUUUUGUGCUGCAUGACAUCUCAGUAGAGGGAGGAAAUAGUUCCUUGCUCCCUAAAGAAAGGUUGAUGCUUUCCUCUGUACUUUACCAUAGUUUCUUAUUUCCUCCCCAUGACUCGGUUAUCUUCACUGAAAGUGUUGGUUGUUUCUUGGAGUUAUCUUCAUCUCUCAUGCUUC